UUCAAUUCACGGGCUCAAAGGCCACGUGAAGAAACAGGAAUAAAACUACCAGCGCAUCUUUCGUCGUCAUCCCUUUUGUCACCGGCGAUGCUGCCCUACCGGAAUCUCGCCGAGGCGGAGGUGGUGCUCGGUCGAAACCUCACCGCCGCUGAAACCUUCUGGUUCCAUUACUCUGCAUCGAUGCCGGAUUACCUCCUUUUCUACCACAACAUCGCAUUCCUCUUCGUCAUCUUCACACUGGUUCCCCUCCCCAUGGCCGUCGCUGAGCUCAUUCGUCCAUCCACCAUCGCGCCCUUCAAGCUCCAGCCUAAGGUCGCCCUCCCGCCCUCUUCCUUUCUCAAAUGCUACAAAGUCGUUCUUCGCGUCUUCUUCUUCGUCGUCGGCCCUCUCCAGCUUAUCUCAUACCCCUCUGUCAAGUUGGUGGGGAUCAGGACAGGGUUGCCGUUGCCGUCAGCGUGGGAGAUGGCGGCGCAGCUGGUGGUUUAUUUUUUGGUGGAGGAUUACGGGAAUUACUGGAUCCACAGGGCGAUGCAUUCCAAGUGGGGAUACGAGAAGAUCCAUCACGUGCACCAUGAGUUCACGGCGCCGAUGGGAUUCGCUGCGCCGUACGCACACUGGGCGGAGGUGCUCGUGCUUGGAAUCCCUUCAUUUAUUGGGCCGGCUUUGGUUCCGGGACACAUGGUCACUUUCUGGCUCUGGAUUGCCCUGCGGCAGAUUGAAGCCAUCGAGACGCAUUGCGGCUAUGACUUUCCCUUUAACCCUACCAAAUUUAUUCCUUUCUAUGGAGGCGCGGAGUACCAUGAUUAUCACCAUUAUGUUGGUGGACAGAGCCAAAGCAACUUUGCAUCAGUAUUUACCUAUUGUGAUUACAUUUAUGGGACUGACAAGGGCUAUAGAUUUCAGAAAGCACACCUUGCAAAGUUGAGAGAGCAGUGGACAGCAGAGGAACAUAACGGAAUAGACAUCUCAAACCACAUCGGAAAAAUUGAGUAGGUCCAGCUUUUAAUGCCUUACCCAAAAUUUAUCAUUUUUGUUUGUUAUGGCGGCCAACGGAAGUUAUGGCUACAGAUGAUAUGCCAGACUGCAGGUAGUAUUAGUCAUGUAAUUCAUAUCGAGUUAGAUCCUCCUCCAUUAUUCUAUUAUUGUAUCAAAGUCACACUACUUGUACUAACGAAUUGUUUUUGACCUAUUUAUCGGGAACUUUAAUGAAUUAGUUGAAACCUUCAUUCA